GGAGAUGGUGCGUUUUGGCAAAGAGAAAAUUGCAACGCAUCUGCCAUCCGUUAUCAAAGGGCGGACAAAAAUAUCUCUAGCUCCUGGUUGAAUAACUUCGCUCGUUCUCGUCGUUGCAGUUCCGUUGGUUUCCUCCAGACGUCAAUAUGCAGGCCAGUGAUAGGUUUAAUAUCAAUUCCCAGCUUGAACAUCUCCAAGCUAAAUAUGUCGGUACUGGGCAUGCAGAUAUGAAUAGAUUUGAAUGGGCCGUGAACAUUCAACGGGAUAGCUAUGCAUCAUACGUGGGCCACAACCCCAUACUAGCGUACUUUGCUAUUGCAGAAAAUGAAUCAAUUGGAAGAGAGCAUUACAACUUCAUGCAGAAAAUGCUUUUGCCUUGUGGUCUCCCACCUGAAAGAGAAGACGAUUGAGAAUUUUCAUGUGGACCAAAUCUGGAAGAUGUCAAACUCUCGAUCUGUGCAGGCCGAGAGUUCCCAUAUUUAUUCCCACAUUUAUGAUAUCUAUUUGUGUUUCUUGCUUGGAAGAACAAUUAUUGUUUGUGCGACCAAAGAAUGGAGUACUCUCAUCAAACUUGUUUAUUUGGGCUUUUAAACAUCAGUCCUUAUUUUGAGGCUUGGACAUUUUUAGUAUUGAUCUGGUUAGUAUGGCUUUA